UUCCCACGGACCCUGUGUGAACGUGCUCUUCACCGCCUCACUCUUUUCCGUUAAAUAGGGAGACACCUGGCGUCAAUCUACAGCACGUCACGAUUAGCGCGUGGACUUUCUUGAUCGACUCGCUUCGGUGAAAUCUUUGCCCUAGUCGCCUGCCAGGGACCUCCUCUCUCUCUCUCUCUCUCAAAUCGACCAUGAACCACCGCCCGCUACUCCGAUCACCUACUGCAAAUCUCUGAUUCGGUUAAUAACGCUCAAAUCACUAUCGAUUUCACAAUUUUGUCUGAUCUUACAGAUAUAGCGUGUUUGAUUCUCAGAUAGAAAUGGAACCUAUGGACAUUGUUGGUAGAACUAAAGAGGACGCUUCGCUUCCUAAAGCAACUAUGACAAAAAUCAUCAAGGAGAUGCUCCCUCCAGAUGUUCGUGUUGCAAGAGAUGCUCAAGAUCUUUUAAUCGAGUGUUGUGUAGAAUUUAUUAAUCUCAUUUCGUCAGAAUCCAAUGAAGUCUGUAACAGAGAAGAGAAAAGAACAAUUGCACCAGAACAUGUACUCAAAGCCCUAGAGGUUCUUGGAUUUGGGGAGUAUAUUGAGGAAGUUUAUGCUGCAUACGAGCAGCACAGGCAUGAGACUAUGGACACCAUGAGAAGUGGCAAAUGGAGCAAUGGAGCUGAAAUGACUGAAGAAGAAGCAUUGGCAGAGCAGCAGAGGAUGUUUGCAGAGGCACGUGCUAGGAUGAAUGGAGGCGGCUCAGCCCCCAAGCAGUCGGAUGCCGAGACCCAGCCAACUUCGAACAGCUAACUCUUCUUAUUUAGUUUCUAAAACUCUUUUUAGGCUAGCGCUCUUUACUCCAGUCUCGUUCUUUCUUCUUUGUAUUAUGUACAAAAAUGCACUCGGGUAAUGUUGUGGCUUCUAUUGAACUUACAGCAAACUUUAUUCUGUGUACUAUAUCUAUAUAUAGAAAUAUGUGUAAUUAAAGUUCUCUCAAGGUCGUCCAUCUACGAUGGGAAGGACAUCUGAUCUCAGAAGACAAAUUAUCAUUAUUGUUGAAACUCACGUUUCGCACUCUUUUUUAGGUGGUUAGCUAUCUGAAAGCCUAUCUUAUUUGUGCGGAACUUAUAUGCGUUGCUCAAAACCUGUAUGUUUAUGUAUUCACAGUGCAUUGUUUCCUA